AUGGCGCCCAUGUCGACCUCGUCGGCCUUGGUGGCAUCCUCUUCGGCUAUACCUGCACCAACGGAAGAAGAAGUGGAACUUCCAAUGGAUCUAUCACAACUUCCUGCUAUCCCUGCGACCAAGUCGCUCUUGCUUAUCAACAAUUUUAUAGCAAAUACAACACGAUUUCUCAACCAUUUUGCACACGAAUGUGAAGAGCGAAUCACACGCGUUUCUGACAAUGUCACGCGAGUUGAAAUUCUAUUGGCAAUAUUGGAAGCAAAACUAAAUAGUAUUCCAGAUUUAAACGUAACAGAUGCAGAAGUGGCGGCAGCUGCAGAAGGCAAUCCAAGUUUGAAUACGAACCAGAUCAAUUUAGGCAUUUCAGAUCAAGAUUUACCUUCCAUGGAGGUCAAUACUGCCAAUGGAACACCAUUGCCACCACCUCCACCUCCACCACCCGCUAUCGAUGGCAUGGAUAUGGCUUUAACGGUGCCACCUUCUCCUCCACCUGGUCCGUCGUCUUCGACGAGUUUGAUGCCACCACCGCCAUCGCUUAUGGAAGACUUUGAUGAUGAUGAUAAUGAAGUUGAAAUGAAGAGUAACAGUCCUCCAAUGUUGAAGUUGAAGGAUGAUCCAGCUUAUGCCAAAUACUUUACCAUGCGGAGACUUGGUAUUCCAGAACAAGUGAUUCAACACAAGCUAUUAAUGGAUGGAAUGGAUGCUAAUAUAUUGAAUAUGGACCCGGAAGGACCAUCACCUAGUGGUGGGUUGGCACCGACAAUUGAUAUGGCACCAUCAGGACCAAUAUUGCCAAUUAUGGCACUACCGCCGAUGUCAGGAGAAGGGAGUGACUCGGAGAAUGAAAGCAUAGCACCCCCACUGCCACCCCCGCCUUCGUCAUUAUCGGAGCUGAGAAAUGCGGAAUAUCCUCCAUCGAGAAAUAUUGGAAUGCCAUUUCCCGCUCCGGCACCACCAUUCUCCCCCACGUUUUCUGCCGGUGAUUCGGCCUUGCUGUUUGACAAUGGACCUCCACCACCGCCUCCACCAUCUUCAGCUGGUCGUCCAGCUCUACCUGAAAGCGAGAUAGAGAGCUCUAGCGGUGACGACAUUGAAGAAUUUGAUGUGGAUGAUCCAAUACUGGCUACUGCUGAACCUGGUGUAAUGCGACUCAAGGAUGAUCCUUUGUUUGAAAAAUACUUUAAAAUGCGAAAGAUGGGUAUGCCAGAUGGCAUGAUUCAGCACAAACUCAUGAUGGACGGCGUCACUUUUGAUAUUCUCAACAUGGAUCCAGACGGUCCAUCUCCAAACGCGACUGUUGCAGCUCCAAGUGCUUCAACGACGGAUCCCACUCUACCUCCACUUCCUCCAGGAUUGCCACCCCCGCCUCCAGCACGACCAGCUGGCGGAUUACCACCACCUCCUAUACAGAGAUAUGAUGAUUCCGACUCGGAUUUUGACUCUGAUUGA